AUGAGACCAUCACGGAAUCAGCCUCGGACACAGAUAAAUGGAAUUAAGACUGGACACGGAAUUCGGAAAACUGGAAUUAAGAUCGCGACCUGGAACACACUAAGCCUUUAUCGAACUGGAGCCUGUCAAAAUCUUACUGAUGUGUUAGACACGUAUGGAAUACAGAUAAUAGCCCUUCAAGAGAUAAGAUGGCCAGGAAAAGGUCAGCUAAAAGUAGGGAAGUACAUAGUGUAUUUCUCUGGCAUGGAAGAAGGACACGUCUUUGGAUGUGGUUUUGCUGUGCAUGAAUCAUUGGAACCAUACGUAAAAGAAUUCAAUCCAAUAUCGGAAAGGAUAACCUUACUACGAGUAGAUACGAAACCACUGAAUAUAAUAUUAGUAUGCGUACACGCACCAACAGAAACAGGGGAAGAGAACAUGAAGGAUGUUUUCUAUGAAGAUCUGUCGCAAAUAUAUGAUAAACUGCCAGGAAAUGUAAUCAAACUCGUAAUAGGUGAUCUGAAUGCCAAGUGUGGAAAAGAAACACAUUUUAUGCCAAUGAUAGGGAAAUAA